CAGUCCCGGGUGUAGUAAGGGACAGAUCAAUAGCCAAGCGUCCUCCGAGUCUCGGAGUCUCUAGCGUCGCGCACUCGCGUACCGAACCUCGACCGGACAGCACGCACUCUACUCUACUCAAAGAAAUUGAACUGCGAACAUGGAGUAUAAACAGUGCGGUUGGAUGGUUGCUGGUUUGAUCCUACUACUGGUGGCUAUAGCGUCAGCUGAAGGGGAGGUUUUGGAGAAUGGCGACCAUGAAGCGGUCGUCCGCAACGAAAGAGGCGCUAAAAGUAGAGAGACAUGUCGCUAUGUCAGAGGCGCCUGGUCCGAAUGCGACUCCAAAACGAACAUACGUUCGCGAACGCUUACUUUGAAAAAAGGAGAUGUUUCGAACUGCGAACGUACAAAAACGAUUCAGAAGAAAUGUAAGAAAGCGUGUCGUUACGAGAAAUCAUCAUGGAGCGAAUGUAGUGCCAAUGGCGAGAUGUCUAGGACAGACAUGUUGAAAGCAAACAGCGACCCGACUUGCGACCAAAGCCGACGCAUUACUAAAAAAUGCAACAAAAACAAACAAGUCAAGUCCACCAAAGAUAAGGGUCGCAGAAAUCGCCAGUAAUGUGUGUUUGUAGCUGUGCCUACUAUUUAGAUUAUAACAAUGUUUUUUAUUAUAAAAUUGUCAUGAUUGUUCGUUGAUUCUAAUUUAUGUAUUAGUGCCAAUAUAGUAUCAUGA